AUUUCAAACUCAACUGUUCAUAAGUAAACUAGAAAAAGUUUAUUUUCACAAAAAUGACACAAAAAUUGAACUUUUUAAUUAACUGCAUCAUUAUUAUAUGUUUAUUGUACCAAAUUGAGUGCAAAAUAGUAACGAACUUGUGCGAAAAACCAAUUAAUAAUCCAGUUACUGAGUCACAAAGCUUUUGCGAAUGCGUCACCGAAAACUCUUUAAGGUGGGGCGAGCUUGUAUUGGUUAUAAACUGUGCUGAAAAAUCACUUAAAAGUGAGGACUUUAGAGCCAACAUUUUACCAAACUUCACAGUAUCAUUGGAUCUAUCAUAUAAUCAAUUCAAAGAAUUACCGUUAUUAGAAGGAGAUGAACUUAGUUUUUUGGACGCUUCGUACAAUGAAAUUGAGAAAUUAGUCGAGAACAAUUUCGCAAGAAUUUCUAAUUUAGUUCAUUUGGACCUCAGUAAUAACCAUCUUGCGGAAAUUGAUAAAAAUUCAUUUAGUGCACUAAGCAAACUUACAGAAUUGAAUUUGGCGAACAAUAUGUUACACAUUUUACCGGAACAGUUGUUUUCUCCUCUACAAAGUUUAAGUUUUCUCACGUUAAGUGGAAAUAUUGGACUAAACGAAACUUUUAGUCAAGUUGGUAUCGAUUUAUUCCUAAAAUUAGGAGUUACGCCGACAUUGAACAAGCUGGAAAUCGAGCGGUGUAAUUUAACUCGCAUCGAUUUAGGACGUGGAAGUUGGCUGAGUGAGGUUUAUUUAGCCAAUAAUCUAAUCACUAAUUUAAAAGAAAUGCCAUCGCGAAUACGGAUAUUGGAUUUUAGCAACAAUAAUAUUGAACGGCUUUCUGAAUUGUUUUUUAGUGAAAUGAUUAAUCUUGAAAUGAUUUUGCUGCAAGAUAUGCCAGAGUUGACAACUGUUGAAGCUAAAAGUUUUUUUCCGUUGCUCAAUUUAAAGCAUGUCAGUAUUAGAGGUUCAAAGAAAUUGACCUAUAUCGAUGCCGAAGCUUUUGGUCCAGUUACAGGCGAUUCAAAAUUGCCAAGUUUAGAUAUCCUGAAUUUACAAGGAACAAAACUCACGUCACUUAAUGAGUCUUUGUAUGCUUUGUUGAAGGACACAAAAGCCAUCGAUCUUAAUGGAGUGCCGCUGGAAUGUGAUUGUCAUUUGCGUUGGAUAAAGAAACUUGCUGUGGAAACAAAUGGACAAUGCCGAUCUCCCAAACAUUUACGAGGUGUUCUGCUAUCAGGAGUGCCAGAGAAGAACUUUGAAUGUCGCCUCUUUCCCAAAUGGGUUUACACAUCCAUAAACGGAGUGCUUAUCUUGGUUGUUUUGAUUUUAUGUUCUCUUGCGGUCUGGUUUGUCACAAUGAAACUCAAAAGGACAACAGAUAACCGACACAAGACAAAUGUCCAUUCAUCAAGUCCAUACGCACCCAUUACCAUGGCAACAAAUGUCAGAGAAUCCAACAGUCCGUAUUAUUAAAACGAGCUCAGAAGUAUAUCAAAUGGUCAUAAAAAUGCACACCAUAAAAAUACUUUUUACUGGUUUUUUUUUUGUGCUCAUGUAAUGUAAGUUGCUCCAACAAAUCUGUGAGAAAAUGAAGAAAAACUUUUUUUUAUUUACUUGAAUAUUCUGGAAUAUAAUAAUAAUUGAGAAGUGUAGCAAAGUCUAUGUAUAUUUUUCUUUUGAAAUUAAUUAAAGCACGUAUUCUACGAAGCCA